UAUGCGUGACCAUGAAAUGCCAUGUUGCAAAUUAGCAUAAAUUAAAAGUAAAGCUUACGAAAGUAUUAAAGCAUAAACAAGAAACAUCGACGUACUUAAAAGAAAAAGUUAAAACUGAGCAACCUUGCAACUGGAAACUAACAUGCUGAAGACACAUUCAAAAGCGCAAGAAAAUACAGUGUUGUCAAAAAGAGCACAAAAAACUGAUGAAAUUAGUGAGGACGCCUUAAAGCUAUCGCCACGUGAAAUCAAACAACUUUCGAAACAGAUUGGACGAGAUCAUGGCGAACUUGGACAUGUUCUUGAGAUGUCGGACGAGGUAGCCAUCAUAAGGGAUGACCUUCUUCAAUUUCAAAGUCCAGUUGAUGCACAAAACAUCAAAAAUCUUAAAGUAACUGAUGAAACAGAUGAAAAAACACAUUCAAAAAGGCGAGGAAUCAAACUGUUGCGAAAACGAGCACAAAAAACUGAUGAAAUUAUUGAGGAUGCCUUAAAGCUAUCGCCACGUGAAAUCGAACAACUUUCGAAACAGAUUGGACAAGAUCAUGGCGAACUUGGACAUGUUCUUGAGAUGUCGGAUGAGGUAGCCAUCAUAAGGGACGACCUUCUUCAAUUUCCAAGUCCAGUUGAUGCACAAAACAGCAAAAAUCUUCAAAUAACUGAUGAAACAGAUGAAAAAACACAUUCAAAAAUUCAAGGAGUCAAACUGUUGCCAGAAGCUAUGACUGAAAUCGAUGAUGCAAUUCAUGAUGAGAUGAGGCUCUCACCCAUUGAAAUCGAAAGACUUUCGCCAAAAGUAGGGAGUAAAUAUUCAAGUCUUGGAUGUUUUGCUGGAAUGUUGGAAGAGGUGGAGAACGUAAGGGAUGACAAUCGCAGAUUUCCGGAUUUAGUACAAAAGGCUGCAGAAAUACUGACAAUAAUCAACAACAGGUCUAACUUUAGUCGAAAAGAGUUAUCUCGUCAUUUAAAGGAAAUAGGCCUUGGAAAAUUGGCCAAUGACUUAUAAAUUUACAUUCACGAUGUUUUACAGUAACGUGUUUACAAACACGCCUAACCAUUCUUUUAUCACCUGUUGCAACAAAAUAAUUUAUGUUUUUAGUGGAUAUAAGCACUUCUAAAUAGAACACCAUCUAUAAUGUUGAAUAGACAUAAUUACGCAUUUGAACCAAGGAAUGGGAUUUUAUGAUGUACACACAGCAAAUACCCAAUUUUUUGAGUCACAACACAUGUAAAACUAUUUUGCACCUUAUUUUAAAUUUAAAAAAUAAAUUCUGUAUAAGAUGUAACUUAAAACUUUGUAGUUAAAGUUCGCGUUAAAUAUUUAAACCUAACAUACAAUAAAGGUAUGUAAAUAUCACA